AUGACCAUUGUGUACUAUGCUACCUGCAUAAAGAAACAGCUUCACACCUUUUCUUCGAAUGCCCUGUUGCAACAGCUUGUCUCUAGGUUACUAAAAAUUGGUUACAAUGGCAUGCAACAGCUACCAAUUUGCCCAAUCUCACCAGAGAAACUGGCGAACUCACAAGCAAUAUUAUUAUUAUCGACUAAUAAUAAUAAUAACCAAAUAGAGGAACGCAACAAAAGAGUGGUGAAAUCACUCUAUGAAGCUUUUAAUAACAAAUCCAAAAACGACACCACUAUUAUUGAUCCCAACCUGAUCUUCGCACCAUAUCUGGAGUGGUGGUUUCACGGUCCACCAUCUCACCAACAUUUGAAGAGGCUACUCACAGGUAAUUCAUCCCCAAACGACUUGUCGUUUCCCUUCAUUCCCUUCUCAAUCGUUGCCUUUGAAUCAACCGUAAUAGCCGAAGGCCAACAACACUACUGCUCAGACAUCGUGUCUUGGGUUCACGCUUGGACACUCGGCUCUGAUGGCGUAAUUACUCAAGUGAGAGAGUACUACAACACUUCCCUCACCGUCACCCGCCUUGGUAAUGCUGACGUGGAGGAUAAUAAUAUUACAUCCCCAUCUCCAUCAUCUUCCUCAUCAUCAUCACAGUCGGGUAACUGUAAGUGCCAGAGUGUUUGGCAAAGUAUGUUGUGUGGUUCGUCAUCAGUGCCUGGUUUGGUUUUGGCACUGUAAAAUAUAUUAAUAUUAAUAAAUUAGCUAUAAAUAGUAGUGUCUUUGUCUUACAUAUAUGUGUUUGUGUGUUUGUCAUGAUA